AUGCAUGCUUUGCUGCAACUGAAGCAAAUGCACUUCGUUCCAAAUCCCGAUUACUAUAGUCCACUCGAGUUUUGGAAUGAGACCAUUAAUACUGAUUGUUGCAACUGGGAAGGCAUCACCUGCAGCAAUGUCAAAGAUGGUCAUGUGGUUGGCCUUCACCUCUCUGAUUUAUCACUCAAUGGUUCUAUCCAUUCCAAUAGCACCCUCUUCCAUCUUCGUCACCUUCAAACGCUCAGCCUCUCUUGGAACCAAUUUUCAGGACGAAUUCCAUCACAAAUAUCACAACUCACAGAUUUGGUUUCUCUUGAUCUUUCUUUUAACCAAUUUGAGGGCCAAAUCCCAUCUGAAAUCUCACGGCUGACCAAGUUGGUUUUCCUCGACUUCUCCGACCAGCAAAACCAACUUGAAAUCCCUAAUUUGAGAGCAUUAUUUAAUGUUCAAAACUUUUCUAGCUUGAGAGAAUUGCAUCUUGAUGGGGUGAACUUGUCAGGUCAAAAGAAUAGGAAUUGGUGUCAUCACUUAUCAUCCGCACUCCCUAACCUUGAGGUUCUUUUCCUAAGGAAUUGUUCACUUACAGACCCCUUGGAUACAUCCAUCUCAACCCUUCAUUUCCUCUCAGAGCUCCGCCUUGAUAAUAAUCAAAAUCUCUCUUCCACAGUACCAAGUUCUUUGGUGAACCUGACUUCUUUGAUUUUCCUUAGUCUCCCUUAUUGUGGAUUCCAUGGAGAUUUUCCUAGCAAUCUUUUCCUUCAACCUAAGCUUAAAUACAUAGACUUAUCUACUAAUCCUCUCCUCUCAGUUUCAUUUCCCGAAUUUCCUGAUCAAGUGAUGAACAAUUCUCUUCGAUAUCUGAAUGUUGGCAACACGAAAUUUCAAGGGAAGUUGCCAAGUUCGAUUGGUAAUCUCAAGUCUUUGAAGGAAUUACGUCUCUAUGGUUGCAACUUGUCUGGACCAAUCCAACCUUCUCUUGCAAACCUUACAAACCUUACCUGGUUGGAUCUUUCAUCGAAUAGUCUCAGUGGUCAAAUUCCUUCCUUUUUUAGGUGGAGCUUUCCCAAUCUUGAGUUUCUAUUUUUGGAAAACAAUUUUCUCCAGGGGCUGAUCCGUUCUUAUUUGUUUUUCCUCCCAUCAUUGCGUUCACUGCUCUUAUCAGAUAACAAAUUCAGUGGAGUCACAAAUGACUUUUCGUAUGAUAGUUGUUUGUCCAUCAAUCGUAGUGCUGGUGAUAACUUUGUCAACAGUCAAAUUGUGUCAUUGGGGAUGGGUUCUUGCAAUAUUAGUAAAUUCCCAGAUUUCUUUAGGAAACUAAACCAAUUGUCCAAUCUAGACCUUUCCAAUAAUAGAAUUGAUGGCGCAAUACCCAAAUGGAUAUGGCAAAAGGAUUUGUACCGAGUAAACCUUUCUAACAACUUGUUGACAGGUCUAGAAUUGCCAUUACCUAAUCAUUCCUUCAACAAUAUUGAAGCACUUGAUCUUCACUCAAACAAGAUACAAGAGUGUGAUCUCUCAACAACAGCCCCACCAUGCUUUCUGCCACCAUUCAAUCAAUCUAGCAGGGAGUUUGAAUCUCCUAUCUUGGGGAAUCUCAUGUCCCUUCUCUCCAAUCAAACCAGUUUCUUUUCAAUUUCAGACAACAAUUUAACUGGGAAAAUCCCUCUCUCAAUCUGCAAUGCAAGUAAUCUGGAAGUUUUGAAAUUGUCCAAUAACCAAUUGAGUGGCACCAUCCCAACAUGCCUUGGCAGUAACAAUUUAUUGGGGGUACUAGAUUUGGAGAGCAACAAAUUACGUGGUCCUAUUCCUCCUACAUUCAGAACUGGAUGCAGCUUGCAUUCACUUAAACUCAAUAAAAACAUGCUUCAAGGACAAGUUCCAAGAUCAUUGGCUAACUGCAAAAAGUUGGAGGUGUUAGAUAUUGGGGACAACAUGUUGACUGAUACCUUCCCAUAUUGGUUAGGAAAUCUUUCUGAAUUGCGUGUUCUUGUCAUGAGAUCUAAUCGCUUUCGGGGUCCCAUUGGACAACUCUCUAAUGUUGAUUCUUCCUUUCCAAAACUACAUGUUUUUGAUAUCUCUGACAAUGCUUUUACAGGAAACUUACCAUUGCAAUAUAUUCUUCAUUGGAAGGCGAUGAUGAAUGGUGAGGAUAAUUCCCAAUUGAAUUAUCUCACUUUUCGAAGUUCUAAUCGGGUUUAUUACUAUCGAGACACAAUUUCUAUUGUGGACAAAGGAAUAUACUUGGAGAUGGGAAGUAUUGUAACCACCUUCACCACUGUAGAUUUAUCCAACAACAAAUUCAAUGGAGGGAUUCCAGAUGCAAUGGGAGACCUAAAAUCACUUAUGUUGCUUAACUUGUCAGGAAAUAGCUUCAUGGGUCAAAUUCCAUCUUCGUUGGGAAAUCUAAGACAACUUGAGGCAUUGGAUCUUUCAAGAAACAAUCUCUCGGGACGAAUCCCGAACCAACUGACAAGUUUGACAUUCCUUUCAAUUUUGAAUUUAUCUCGUAACAACUUCACAGGAAAUAUACCGCGUGGCAACCAAUUUGACACAUUUCCGAACACCUCGUAUGAAGGUAACACGGGAUUAUGUGGUUUGCCAUUGUCAAGGAAGUGUGGAAUCGCAGAUACUGAAUCACCUCCAAUCUUGACUUUGCAACAAGAAGAAGAUUCAGCGAGUUUGCUUGAUUGGAAAUUUGCCAUAGCUGGACAUUGCUCUGGUUUAAUAAUUGGAUUGGCAAAUAAGUUACCAGAAUGGCGGGUUGCUAUGGCAGAUGAGUUUAAUGUCCUAAUUCGGAAUGGUACCUGGAAUCUUGUACCACAAACACCCAACAUGAACAUUAUUGGCUGCAAGUGGAUAUAUCGAAUUAAAAGAAAGGCCGAUGAUUCUCUUGAGCAUUACAAAAUGUGUUUGGUUGCGGAAGGCUUCCAUCAGCAACACGGGAUCGACUAUGGUAACCGUUUUGAGGGCCAAAUCCCAUCUGAAAUCUCACAGCUGACCAAGUUGGUUUUCCUCGACUUCUCCAACCCGCAAAACCAACUUGAAAUCCCUAAUUUGAGAGCAUUAUUUAAUGUUCAAAACUUUUCUAGCUUGACAGAAUUGCAUCUUGAUUGGGUGAACUUGUCAGGCCCUUUGGAUACAUCCAUCUCAAGCCUUCGUUUCUUCUCAGAGCUCUACCUUGACUAUAACCAAAAUCUCUCUUGCACGGUACCAAGUUCUUUGGUGAACCUCACUUCUUUGACUUUACUUAGUCUCACCCAUUGUGGAUUCCAUGGAGAUUUUCCUAGCAAUCUUUUCCUUCAACCUAACCUUAAAUUCAUGGACUUAUCUACUAAUCCUCUCCUCUCAGUUUUGUUUCCCGAAUUCCCUGAUCAUCAAGUGAUGAACAAUUCUCUUCAAGGUUUGGAUGUUGGCAACACGAAAUUCCAAGGGAAGUUAUUGCCAAGUUCGAUUGGUAAUCUCAAAUCUUUGAAGAAAUUACGUUUCUAUGCUUGCAACUUGUCUGGACCAAUCCAACCUUCUCUUGCAAACCUUACAAACCUUUUCUGGUUGGAUCUUUCAUCGAAUAGUCUCAGUGGUCAGAUUCCUUCCUUUUUUAGGUGGAGCUUUCCCAAUCUUGAGAUUCUACAUUUGGACAACAAUUUUCUCCAAGGGCCGAUCCAUUCUUAUUUGUUUUUUCUCCCAUCAUUGCGUUGGUUGAGCUUGUCAGAUAACAAAUUCAGUGUAGUCACAAAUGACCUUUCGUAUGAUAUUGGUGGUGAUAACUUUGUCAGUAGUCAAAUUGACACAUUGGAAAUGAGAUCUUGCAAUAUUAGUAAAUUCCCAGAUUUCCUUAGCCACCUAAAGCAAUUGUCCUAUCUAGACCUUUCUAGAAAUAGAAUUGAUGGUGUAAUACCCAAAUGGAUUUGGCAGAAGGAAUAUUGGAACCAACUAAACCUUUCUAACAACUUGUUGACAGGUCUGGAAUUGCCAUUACCUAAUCACUCCUUCAACAUUUUUGCACUAGAUCUUCAUUCAAACAAGAUACAAGAGUGUGCUGAUCUCUCAACAACAGCCCCACCAUGCUUUCUGCCAGCAUUCAAUCAAUCUAACACUGAGUUUGAAUCUUCAAUCUUCGGGAAUCUCAUGUCCCUUCUCUCCAAUCAAACCAGUUUCUUUUCAAUUUCAAAUAAUAAUUUGACUGAAAAAAUCCCUUUCUCAAUCUGCAAUGCAAGUAAUCUGCAAGUUUUGAUAUUGUCCAAUAACCAAUUGAGUGGCACCAUCCCAACAUGCCUUGGCAGUAGCAAUUCAUUGGAGGUACUACAUUUAGAGAGCAACAAUUUACAUGGUCCUGUUCCUCCUACAUUCACAAGUGGAUGUAGACUGCAGUCACUUAAACUCAAUAAAAACAUGCUUCAAGGGCAACUUCCAGAAUCAUUGGCUAAUUGCAAGAAAUUGAAGGUGUUAGAUAUUGGGGACAACAUGCUGACUGAUACCUUCCCAUAA